CUUGGGUGGAGCGCGAACCACAACUUAAAAAAUACCAGAGUCAGAUAGAUCUCUAACGCACGAUGCACGCUUACGAAGGUUCGCAGUCGUCUUUCAUCAACUCCAUGUACCGGCCAAGCUCAGCUCUUCAGCCUUCUAACCAACAAUCAUACGCGAGCUAUAAAUCCCAAACAGAAUACCCGAUGGCUGUACGAUUUGAUUCUCACCCACUUCACAGCCUCUCCGCGUACAACUCGGGCUCAUUUUCGUUCUAUCCGUGCGCGUCAAGUCAUCGCUACGUCCACGACUUGAACUGUAGCUACACGGCCGGAUCUCUGCAUAGCGGUAAGAUGUCCUCAGACUCUUUUCCUUUUAGCUCUUAAUCUGAAUUCCUUAGAUAUUAGUUAGCGACCGCGAGAUUUGCUUUUCAAGUGUUUCUACCACCCACUGUCUACUUUAGCGUCGUUCGCCGAAAAAAAACAUCAAAGACUUCGAUCCCGUUUAUUGUCUUCAAAGUGAUAACCUCACAGUUUGGAAACUGAUAUAAAAUUUUGCCAAAACGUUUGACUUCUCUGGUAAGAUUAAUUAUGAGUUAUCUACUUCGCUCAUGAUGAAGAUAAGAGAGCAUUUUCCAGCAGGGUUGUAAUUUGUUUAACUUUGGUAAAUGAUAAUUUUCUAUCACUUUCUCUAAAGAAAGACACUAAUUUGCUUUCUGGAAGAACGAGCACGAAACCGCGUGAAAUCUGAAAACGCGUGUUUUAUCUUUUUGACACUGUUUCGUUUAUUUUUACAGGGUUUGUGGCGUGUCGCCGUCCGAAGAGGAUCAGAACAGCUUUUACACCAACGCAACUGCUUCACCUAGAGAACGCUUUCGAAAAGAACCACUACAUUGUGGGCACAGAACGCAAGCAGUUAGCGUCUUUCUUGAGUCUUUCCGAGACGCAAAUUAAGGUCUGGUUCCAGAAUCGCAGGACCAAAUGGAAGCGUCAACAGGCUGAGGAAAAAGCUUCUUCACAAGCUAAAAGCUCCGGCAUAAGUGUCAGCGAAUGCCAUGGAAUAAACAGUCAGCUGCAGAAGGAAGAAAACGAACAUUUGGUUUGAUCUUCUGGAAAUUACAAUUCUCACGAACAAGUAGAAAUCACGGGUAAUUAUCAUCGGCCUUUGGCGCAAAACGUUCGAUUCCAAAGCCUAGCACUUAGAAUUAAUCGAACGUGAUCUCUUCUUACUGGAUUAAUCCAUUAUCCUCCCUGGCGCCAAAGAACAAUUCCGAUCAGAACUCUUAUUUCACUUGUAAGAUAUUAAACUUUACUUAAGAAAUAAAAAGAGUUUCUCUUUCAUUGAAGACACACACACGAAGAAAUGCGGUUCUACUGAUACCAAAGUUUUUUCUUCUUUUCUCAAGGAUAAGUGCUUACUUACUAAGAACCUCUGUGAAUUCGUUUUAUGUUAGGAUCUUAUUAGUAUCUUUUUAGUCGACUUCAAAUCCAUCUUUGUAUUUUUAUUCUUCGUAGAGAUAAUUCGCAAUGAUGAGAACUUUCUUCGUUCAGUUUCUUCCCUUUAAUUUCUGUUAAUUCCUGUUAGUUUGGAGGACCUUUCUUGUCAGUUAUAAAUCAUAAUAACAUUUACCUCAGCUUUUCUCAGAGGAUGAGGUUACAGGCCAGUACAAACUAUUCUUUGCCUACAAGAGUGCAAAUAGUGUACAAUCUUUUUUAAAGCGGCAUUUAAGGAGAUCAAGUAGGCGAAAACUGAAAGGUGUAUACAAUUUAUAAAGCCAUAUAGAAGAAAAUUCACUUAGUGUAAAGUUGUACAAAGAUAAAUUUCAAGAUAACCAGUGUGUAACAUAUAUUUGCUGACCUUUAUCAGGACAUAAAGAUUGUAAAUGAAUCAGAAGUGGCUUUGCUGAAAAAAAGAAAGUAUUGAAG